AUGCUUGGCACGUCUGGAAACACGCUGGCCAAUGCUGGCAGGAAUGGACCCUUUCAGAGCGUUGAAACUCAAAUCGCUGGGGGGUUGGGCGGUGGGCAAGAAGAAGGGGGGAAAGGGGAGCGGGGAAAUGGGAGUGGGGGAAGGGGAGCGGGGGAAGGGGAGCGGGGAAGGGGGAGCGGGGAAAGGGGAGUGGGGGAAAGGGGAGCGGGGGAAGGGGAGCGGGGGAAGGGGAGUAAGGGAAGGGGAGUGGGGGAAGGGGAGCGGGGAAGGGGAGUGGAGGAAGGGGAGCGGGGAAAGGGGAGCGGGGAAAGGGGAGUGGGGGAAGGGGAGCGGGGAAGGGGAGUGGGGGAAGGGGAGCGGGGAAAGGGGAGUGGGGAAAGGGGAGUAAGGGAAGGGGAGAAGGAAGGAGAAGAGAUGAAGGUGAAGGAGAGAGGGAUAUGGAACGAGGAUGGGAUGGAGCAGGGGUGGGGUGGGAAGAGAGGGGCCAGGGUGCACAGAGGGAGCAGGGGUGGGGUGGGGAGAGAGGGGCCAGGGUGCACAGAGGGGGCAGGGGUGGAAAGAGGGGGUAGAGGUGGGGGGAAAGAGGAGAGGGUGGGGGGAAAAUGGGGGGAGAGGAAGGAGAUAGGGGGGAAGGGAAACAGAGGACGAGGGGAAGGGGAGAAGGGAAGGCAAGCAGAGGAUGAGGGGAAGGAGAGAAGGAAAGAGGUUGCAGAGGCACAGCAGCAGCGAAUGUGCUUCACAAAUCACACUGCACUCACAUCGUAG